AUGCCGACAGCAUAUUACGCCGGCAAUGGUCCCACUUUUAUGAGUUUCUGCGGUUCACAGCGUAAUACGACAAUAGAGCUUAUCUUAGUCAAUAAAGCAGAUGGUACCGUCAGUAUGGUGAUUGCCUAUAAAAAUGGAACAACUCAAGUUUACACAGAUUAUGCAGUUGGUAAUGGACCACUUGCGGCUCAAUGCACUGAUUUUAACAACGACACAGUCAUCGAUGUAGCAGUGGUGAAUACGUUAGACAACAACGUGGUCAUAUUGUUGAGUUAUGAAGGUGUAGCUUUCAAAUAUCAAAACAUUUACUCCGUCGGCACAGAACCAGUUGCACUGAAAUCUGGUGAUUUUAACAACGAUUCGAAACCCGAUCUGGUAAUAGUCAAUAAAGGUGAUAACACUAUUUCUCUGUUGAUUGGCAAUGGAAAUGGGACUUUUCAACAACCAAUAGUCCAAGGUGUUGGUGAACAACCAAAUUCUGUGGUACUCGGAGACUUUAACAAUGAUGAAGAGCUGGACAUGGCCAUAGCAAAUAGUGGAGCAACUUUCAUCAGUGUUUUAUUUGGUUAUGGAAAUGGAAGCUUUCAGACUCAAGUAACUUAUGAUGUUGGCAAUGGUUCGAACACUAUAGUAGCAGCUGAUUUGAGUAAUGAUGAUAUCUUAGAUCUGGUGGUAACUACUUCGAAUGGAACUGAUGUUAGUGUACUAUUCGGUAGCCUCAGUGGAACUUUUCAAAGUUCAGUCAGGUAUAAAGUUGGUAAUAAUCCGACCCAUGUGAUCGCUGCUGAUUUCAACAAAGAUAGCAGCCUUGAUCUUGCAUUGACGAAUACGGGUGAAAAUACAAUAAGCGUACUUAUUAAUGAUGGAAGAGGAAAUUUUCAGUCUCAAAUCAAGUAUGCUACUGGAAACAUUCCGAUAUUUAUCGUUGCUGGAGAUUUUAAUAAUGAUACGAAUUGUGAUCUCAUUGUGAUUAACUAUGGCGAAGAUAAUUUCAUUCUGAUCAUCGGCAAUGGAGAUGGAACAUUUCGGGCUCGAAUACCAUUUAUGCUGUCUACAAUAGGCAGCUAUAUGGUAGCGGGAGAUUUCAAUAAAGAUAACAGAACAGAUCUUGCAGUGACCAAUGAGUAUAAUCAAAGUGUUAGCGUACUACUCAUCAGUAGAAAUGGUGUCUUAGAACUUCAAGGCACAUAUCAAUGUGGAUCUUUACCAAUGUUCAUGAUUGUGGAUGACUUCAAUGGUGAUUCUCGAUUAGAUCUAGUAGUCGUCAACCGGCUAGACAAUGACAUUAGUGUGCUACUCGGCAAUGGUGAUAAUACUUUUCAAAAUCAAACUCGGUUUGCCACUAGUCAACGACCAGUUUCUGUAGUAUCAAGCGAUUUCAACAACGAUAAAAAAAUGGACUUGGCAGUAACUAACAUAGUCGGUCAAGAUAUCAGUAUAUUAUUGGGUAAUGGAGAUGGCACCUUUCAAUCUCAACAACUUUAUCAAACAGGAGUAAGUCCGAAUUAUGUGAUAGCAGUUGAUUUGAACAGUGAUCAAAUUAUUGAUCUCGUAGUGGCCAAUCGAGGCGAAAACACUAUCAGUGUUCUUACUGGUUAUGGAGAUGGAAGCUUUCGGAACCAAAUAAAAUUUUCAGUGACAUCAGGUCCUACAUUUUUGUUGUCCGGCUAUUUCAAUGACAAUUCGUUGUUGGGUAUAGCUGUAAUCAGUCAGCGCUGGAGCAAAAUUGAUUUGCUGAUGACCGAAGGAAAUUUGACUUUUUCCUUCCAGAAAACUAUGACCAUUGCUACUUUUCCAAGUGCUGGAGUAACUUGUGAUUUCAAUAAUGAUGGGAGAAUUGAUAUAGCAUUCAUUAGUAAACAAUACAAUAUUCUAUCUGUAUAUCUGAACGAAGGUCAAUAG